AUGGCCGCCCGCUCCCAGGAAAAAACCCUCUCCGCCAUAUCAGAAAUCAAGUCCUCCCUCCCCUCCUCCACCGGCGACCUCAUCUUCCUGCCCCUCGACCUCGCCGACCUGACCACCAUUGCCUCCUCGGCGCGCCAGUUCCUCGACCGCGAGCCCAAGCUCCACGUGCUCUUCAACAACGCCGGCGUCAUGAACCCGCCCAAGGGGUCCGUCACGAAACAAGGCUACGAGCUGCAGCUGGGAGUCAACAACCUCGGCACCUUCCUCUUCACCAAGCUCCUCUCGCAGCGCCUUGUCGAGACGGCCAGCGCCGCCGCCGAGGAACCCGGCACUGUGCGCGUCAUCUGGGUCGCCUCGUCCGCCGCCGAAUCACCCCUGGUGCCCCCCGGCGGCGUCGAUAUGAAGGACAUUGGCAAACGCCUCGAUAAGGGCGAGUUCACGAGCUACGCGCUCAGCAAGGCCGGCAACUACCUGCACGCCGUGGAGAUGGCGAAGCGGUUUCGGGACAAGGGCGUGCUGAGCAUCGCCUUGAACCCGGGCAAUUUGGACUCGGAGCUGUGGAGGACUCAGACGGCCUUUAUGUCGAGGGUGCUCAAGACAUUUGUGCUGCACCCGCCCAAAUUCGGCGCCUACACCGAGCUGUUUGCGGGAUUGUCGCCCGCGGUAACCUUGGAUCAGUCCGGUGAUUGGACUACCAUUCACCAUGGUCACCCGCAUGCUAACACUGUCGAAUCAGUUGGGCCCUGGGGUCGAUUUCUGACUAUACGGGGGGACUUGAAGAAGGCCGCCGAGGAUGGCACCUCCAAGGCAUUUUGGGAUUGGACUGAGGAACAAGUCCAGCAGUAUGAGACACCGGCGAAUUAA